AUAUAUAAUACUAUAAUAUUAUUAUCAUAGAUAUCUAGGUAUAUAUAUAUUAUGUGAUCUUCAUCACCCUCUCUCUCAAWUAUACAAAAUUAACAAUCGCUUAAAUUUUUUAUGAAAGUUUUUUUUUCAUUUUAUCUAGUUUUCUAUCUGGCAUAAUAACCACUGUUCAACGUUCAACUGGUUAGAUUGAGCAUGUCCUGUCGAAUAUAGAUGUACGGUCUCGCAUACACAUAGUAUUUUCAUUUUUAAUUUUUUUUUAAUAAAUUCGUGAAGACAAUAUUUCACACCAUACCUACACCACUCAAAUUUUGAUCUCAUUGUUAUUGAGUAGUUCUAGUGUAGGUAGCGAAUAAAAAUAUAUUACAAUUGAUGACUACACAAAUGGCUAAGUGCAGUGAUAAUACUUAUGAUUCACAAGUGUUAGAAGAUUCAGUGUUACAAUGUAGACAGACUUUUGAAAAUAUCUUAUGUGUUCAGACUACAGCCUUAUUGAAAAAAUCAACACUUGAAAAAAUUUAUAUAGUACUGCAGGAAUGUAUGUGUAAAAUCAAUGACAGUGAUUCUACCAUUCAAGAAGUGAUACAGUCURAGAACAACUUAACUAAAAUAAACUUUAAUGAAGAAGAAUUUGGUAAAAGAAAAACAAAUUGCAAGGCGUUUGAUAAUUUUAAAGCAUUAUGCAGUGAAAAUAAAUCACUUUCUGUAAAAAGACAAAAUAUUUACAAAUGUGCAGACUGCAAGUACCAAACUCCUAGAAAAUCUGAUUUGAAAAAACAUCUAAAACGUCACAUGGGAGUGUGCGACUAUUUCUGUAGUUAUUGUGAGCGAAAAUUUUUUGAUAAAUACAAUCUAGAGCGACAUGUGAAUGCUAGUCACACAAAAAAACAACAAUAUUCAUGUACAUUGUGCACAUAUACAACGUUUUUGUAUGAUUCAUUGAAACGUCAUAGAAAAUUGAAACACUGUGAUCACUUAGAAGCAAAAUUUGUCUGCUCCGUUUGUUACCAUGUGAGUGCUUCAAAACAUGAUAUGAAUGUACAUUCGUAUACUCACGACAAAGCUAAAUCUUAUAUGUGUGAAGAAUGUGGUUCAAUGUUUGCUAUCAAGAGCCGUUUGAUUACACACCAAAAUACUGUACACAAUGAACCUGUACACCCAUGUCAAAUUUGUGACAAAUCAUUUAAAACACUGACACUGCUCAAGAGACAUACUAUCAUACACUCACGUUGCAAACCAUAUUGUUGUCCAUUCUGUAACCAUUCAUCAAAUAGCCAGAGCAAUUUGACUAAACAUGUGCGCAAAAUUCACUCCCAGGAUGAUUUCUCUUACCAUAAAUUUAUUAAUGGAAAAUAAUUCUAAAAUAUGAUUAUAGAGCACAUCUGGUCGUUACCUUGAUCUGAUAGACCUGAGUUUACCGAUUCAUAACAUCAAAAUUGAUAAUUUUAUAUGUAUUUGUUAAUGUUUUUAUAACACAUUGUUAUUUUUUUUACUUUCAUUAUUCUU